AUGGCAAAAUCAAGAGUUUCACCUAUCAAGAACAUCGUUUCGAUUCCUAGACUUGAACUUCAAGCUGCAGUUUUGGGUAGCAGAUUAGCAGUGACUAUAAAAGAGAACCAUAGUUUGAAUAUCCACAAAUGUUUCUAUUGGACUGAUUCCAAAACAGUAGCUGGAUGGAUAAAAGCUAAUCCAACUAUUUUCAAGCCAUUUGUUGCCCAUCGAGUGUCUGAAAUUGUAGAAAAUACCGAUGCUAGAGAAUGGAAUUGGAUAUCGACAAAAGAAAAUGUUGCCGAUGAUGCCACGAGGGAAAAUUAUCAAAAUGAAUGGAAAACUGGUGGCAGAUGGUUGGAAGGGCCUCCUUUCCUUAAGAAUAAAACUGAAGAAUGGCCCCAAUAUCAGAUUCCCGAUUUUGAUACUUCGGAAAAUAAAAAAUGUUUUGUAGGUGUAACCGUUAAGGUGAAUUUAACAGAAGCCUUGCCAAAAAUUACCAGAUUCUCAAGGUGGUUAAAACUCAUUCGUACAACAGCUUGGAUGUUGAGAUUUUUACAACAAGUCAAGAAGAAAUCACCCAUAGAUGGAGAACUGACGACGAGCGAAGUGGAAAUAGCCGAAAAACUAUGGAUAAGAUGUGUUCAAAGUGAAGAUUUUUCAGAAGAAUUCCAGUCUCUUAAGUCAAGUGGAAUGGUUGAAUCAUAUAGCAAAUUGUCCAAACUGUCUCCAAUUUUAGAUCACGAAGAUAUUAUACGGGUCCGGAGCAGAAUAAUAUAUUCCAACGAUUUAACGGAUGAUGCAAAAUUUCCCAUCAUACUCGAGCCAAAAAAUUAUUUCACAAAAUUACUAAUUCGUUAUUAUCACAACAAAGCAGCACAUAGUGGACAAGAAUUUGUCGCCAACGAACUACGCCAACGAUAUUGGAUUCUGAAUAUGAGGUCAGCGGUCAGAAAUUCUUGGACAGAAUGUCAGUUUUGCAAAAACAGAAGAGCAAAACCUGAAAUUCCAGAGAUGGCCCCACUGCCAGAAUCCCGACUAGGUUCGUUCGUAAGACCUUUCACUACGACCGGUAUGGACUAUUUUGGACCUAUGCAAGUUUCAAUUGGCCGUAGACGUGAAAAGAGAUAUGGGGUACUCUUCACUUGCAUGAGCACCCGUGCAGUUCAUCUGGAAAUAGCUCAUUCAUUGACCACAGAUUCGGCGAUAAUGGCAAUCAGAAGAUUAAUCGGUCGAAGAGGAUGCCCCAAGAGAAUAUUUUCAGAUAAUGGCACAAAUCUACGAGGAGCAGAAAGAGAGCUGAAAAAUGCAAUAGAAAAUUUUGACCAAAACAGAAUGACAUCAAGCAUGACAACAAAUAAUAUUGAAUUUAACUUCAUUCCUCCUUCUGCUCCUCACAUGGGUGGCAGCUGGGAGCGUUUAGUUAAAUCGAUAAAGAUAACACUGAGUAUUAUCUUAAAAGAUAAAUCUCCACAAGAAGAAGUUUUACAAACUUUAUUGAUUGAAGCGGAAAGUUUAGUGAAUAGUCGGCCUUUAGUUCACGUUUCACUGGACAAUGCAGAUAGUGAAGCACUCACACCGAACCAUUUUUUGAUAGGUACUUCCAGCGCAGCUCAGAUCCCAGGAAAAUUUGACGAGAAUGAUUUAGUCACAAGAAAACAGUGGAGAAAAUCACAACUUUUGGCUGAUCACUUUUGGCGACGCUGGAUCAAGGAAUAUCUUCCUGUCCUGACAAAAAGAACGAAGUGGUUCUCAUCUUCUAAAAGAAAAAUUGGUAUUGGCGAUGUAGUCAUCAUUAUCGACUCGCAAUUUUCGAGAAACACAUGGCCUAAAGGUAUUGUCACUGCAGUAUAUCCCGGUGCAGAUGGAAACAUUAGAGUGGUCGAUGUUAAAACAACUAUUGGAACCUACAGACGGCCUCUCACCAAAUUAUGUUUACUUGAUCUGGAAGGAAAUUAUGAAAAGAAGUAA